AUGUACUCGGCACAAUGUUCCGGACAGUAUGUGACCCCGGAAGUGGCCGCUAUUCGAGAUGUCGCUGCAAUGUGUAGCAGUGAAGGAAUCACUGCAUCCGUAACCUUUGAUCGAGCAUUUAACGGGAAAAUUUACUCCUACAACUAUGCAACUGUACACGAAUGUAUCUACUAUAAUGGUAUGGAUCUCGAUACCGUGCUGUUCUCCAUUCCUGCUCAUCGUUGUGGGACUCGGUUGAGUCGAACCAGUAGAAAUAUGGUGGAUCAAAUGGAAAAUCGGGUUUAUGUGCAAAUGGAGAAGGACGCUCAAACGGCGGCAGAUCGUCAGUUUUUGUUCGUUUGCCAGCUGGCCGAUGCGAAAGAUGAGAAGGAGAAGAGUGAUUCCGCGGUUCGACGUCAUCCUGUUAGCCCAACAUCGGAUGCCUCGGGAUCUUAUGUUAUCCCUCCCGACGACCCGGAUCAUCUGCCAUUUUUGAAUCAUAACAGUAUAGAACCUGUGAAAAGCAACACAGUUCCACGCGUUUCGGCCUUCUCUUCAGACGGUCAUCUGGGGAACUGGCCGAUUCCAGGAGCACAUCCGUACACGCCAGGCGUUUCGCCAGUGGCCAGCUGGCCUCGACAACCGUUACCGGAUCCUAUAAUCCCGGCGAAUCAUCCAGCAUACCAUAGUACUAGGAUUGCACUCUCCGAAGGUGGAGGUGCACGAAUUGCGGAGGAGUAUGCCACAGCACCUUCGAUCAAAGUUCUAUCCGGAACGACACCACGAAAUCCAUUCCUACCACCGUCGCCGGCCUCCUCCACCGGUCCCAUUGUACCCGCACGUGAUUUGCCUCGCCCGGCUUCCGAAUUCCUCGACAAACCGACGAUUCGAGUCACCACUCAACGACCGAUUGAACCAGUGCCGAACUUUUUCACUAUGCGCACACCAAUAGAGGUGUUUCAUCCUGCGGGCGGCGUUGUACCGUUGAUCCCUGCGCUGCCACCGACCAUCACAACCACGUCCACCACAAUGUCACCGAAUGCGUACGUGUUGCCUGAUGCAGUGAUGGCACGGAACGAAAUCGACACCAUCUCUGGUGGUACAGGUCCACGGAUCGUUUAUAGAGGGAAGGCUACGGAGAUUCCUGCCUACCCAUGGAACAAACCGUAUCCUCCAUCGUCAACGACCGCUCAACCAGAAACAGCAUCAACUCCCCAGGAUGAUAUUUUCAAGAAAACAGCCAUAAAAAUGAACAAACAUAUUGUUCAUGGUGGUCAGGACAACGCAAAAGUGUUCAAAGAAGAGCCGCCAAGGAUCGGUGUUGAAUUUCGUACGGAUGGCGGCAACAAAAUCACAUCUACAGAGACUGGAGAUUUUUCCCCGUCUCGCCUCGUUUCCACGCAGGAAUACCUUGCUCCUCCAGCAGAGAUGACGUUGGAGAUACAACAUGGUAUCGGACCGUUUGCACCGAUUGUAAGUUCGCCAGUAAAAAUUGGCGACAACAUUACGUUGGUGGUUCGAUCGAAAAGUCAGAUAAAAGGUGAAAAUGUAUACGACAUGUUUGUGCAUUCAUGCUUCGCUUCUGAUGGACCAGGUGCAACCAAGGUGGAUCUCAUCGACAAGAAUGGCUGCGUCAUACGUCCACAAUUUGUCUCACCGCUUAACAGAACCAGAGAUCCAUCUGGAAUGAUGUACUACUUCUUUCGAAUAAUUGCAUUCAAGUUCCCUGGCCCGGAUGAUGUGUACUUUUCAUGUUCCAUUGAGAUAACACCGUUUAGGAAUGCGCCGGAAAUCUGUUCCCCGUCUCGUCGAUUCAAUCGAGAUGUGUCACCGGGAAAUGACAUGCGUCUUUUUGACAGCGUAAAAGUGGAGCUAGAGGACCAAUAUGAGACUCAACGAAGAGCAAGUGAACUAAAUGAAGACGUAUGUCUGUCAAAAUCGUUAUCUGGUGUGGUGGCUAUAGUAUUCGCAACAUUGCUCAUCGCAUUUAUUGGUUCGUCAUUUCUUGCCAUGUCUUUCUACUUGAAAUUAUCCGAUCAUACAAAACCUGUAUAUGCGACAUAG